GGGGACGUGACAUCUUGUCCACCGCCCGCCUCGUUCACAGUGCUCGUGCUAGUCGACGUUCCCCACUCGGGUCCCCCUUUCCUUUGGACGACGGCGCUGCAGCCCCCAGCUGAAGGCCCACGAGUCGCCCAGCUCGCAGGCGCACAUGGCCGAGACACUGCACGACGUGGAGACGCUCCUGCUGCACCUUAGGGCGUGCCAGUACGUUGCUGCGUCCGGCUUCAUCAUCCUGCUCUACGACCACUUCCUCACGUUCGGCGAAGAGGUGCGGCUCAUAUGGCAGGCAAAAUUCACGCUCGCCAAAGUGCUCUUCCUCUACACCCGCUACAUCGUGCCGAUGGCGAUGUUCGUUCAAACUUUCUCGUUCAGCGGUAUUGGGGGGAUAGUUUUCUCAGAUGAGGUCUGCAAGCAGUGGGGCAUAUCCGCGUUCGCGUUCGGGGUAUCCUCGAUAGCGAUCAGCGACUUCAUGGUUCUCCUGCGCCUCUGGGUGAUAUGGGACCGCCGGCUCAAGCUCGUCGUUUGGACGUUGUUCCUAUUCAUCCUCGCAGAAGUAAUCACAGUGAUCGUCUUUGGCUUUCUCACCGGCCACAUCACAGCCAGCACGUCAUACAACCUCUCGCUCCACGUGUGCCAGGUCAGCACCGAGCUGCACCUGAGCAAGCUCUGGGCGCCCGGCGUCGCGUCGCAGAUCAUGGUCUUCGUGACGGCGCUCUGGAACGCGUACGAUAAGCCGCGGGCGCACAAUGUGAACCUGGGCGAGGUUCUUUGUCGAGAUGGGACACUCUAUUUCGCUGCCCUUGUUUCUCUACGAGUCGUCAACUUGGUUUUGGCUACUUCAACCCCAGUGUCACUGCAGUUCCUCGGCCUUUUCUUCGUGUGGUGCGCCACGACCGUGACCGUCUCGCGCCUGGUCCUCAACCUCCGCGCGGUCUCGGCAGACUACAAUAACAGCGAAUGCGACGACGACGAGUCCGAGGAGCUGACGUCGCUCCCGAGCCUGCACCUGCACGAUAGCCUACGGCACUCGAUCACGGCAGACAUGCUCACGACGGACUCGAUUACGGCGGUCGUCGCGCACGACUUCAACCCGCACAAGUCGCUCCCGACGCCGCGCGGCACGUUGAGAGGGUAUCCGCGGACUCCGUCUGGGUUUUCGGUGUCGGGUCCGAUUUUAGAUGAUGUGAAGAGUUCUUAUCGGUUAUGAUGAUGACGAUUGGUAUGGGGAUAUGGUAUUUGCAUCACAUUUUUCGGUUUGGGUAUGGAUUUGUAGCAAGUUUGUUGUGCUUUUAUUACUACUGCUCUGUAUACACGACGGUUUUCACCUUUGACUCUUUGUUGCGAUCUCCUACGUUAUCUAGCCCAUCCAGUAUACUACUAGCUCUUCUGUACUCGUAAUUACGCCCGCCUACGAGCAUACCUGUGUUAUCAUAUGGAU